AUGUGGUGGAGAGUUUGCAACUUGCUGGUGUGGUGGUCCCUUCCAGCGGCCUCCCUGGGCCCCGCGGAGACGGUGGAGGUGGAGGAGGGCCAGCCAGUGACCCUGAGCUGCGUGGCGCCCCCCGCAGAGCGAGGCCCCCUGCAGUGGCUGGCGCCCUCGGGGUUUACCAUCUUCUUAAACCAGCAUCGCGCUUUAAAAAAUACCAAAUACCAGCUUCUUCAUCACUCUUCCAAUGAGCUCUCCAUCCGCGUGGCCAAUGUGACCCCGCACGAUGAAGGCGUGUACACGUGUUUACAUUACAGCCGCUCCGUGAGGAAAACAAAGGCGGUGAAAGUGGUGGUGCUGGCAACUCCCCUUAAGUCAACCCUGGAAGCCUCCAUCAUCAGAACGCAAAACAGGGAAGAGCAGGUGGCACUGACGUGCUCCACGGUGAGGAGCAGGCCCCCCCCACAGAUAACCUGGCAGCUGGGGAACCACACGGAGCUCCCAGGGGACACCUCUCACGCCUUUGACAGCGACUUCAGGGCCUGGAACAGCAGCAGCGCGCUCAGGGUCCCCGCGCGCCCGGGCUCCGCGGUGGACUGCGUGGUGCGCCACAGGGGCCUCCGCGGAGGGCGGCUGGUGGUCUCCUUCCGGUUUGAAGAUUUGGUUACUGGUCAAGAGGCGGCCUCAGAUGCCCCGGGGAAAAGCUCUCCGUCCUCACGAGAUGCCCCGCAGGCCGCUAGCACUGUUGCUGCGAUGGAAGAUUUUAGUACAUCAGCGACAGACAAGGAAGAGGAAGGACAAACCACUCAAGACCCCGACUUGACCACUGAAAAUGAAAUUUCAGAAUACACUCUAGAAAGUUACAAAUCGAGGUCAAAUCAUGAAGAAACAUCAUCCCAGGAGAAAUAUGGCCAAACUCCCCGUCCUAAGCGCUGCAUGGACUACAUCACACAGCUGUGCUCAGAAGCGAAAACAAAAGGGAAGGAGCACACGCAGCAGGCAAAGUUAAAGAGAGGGCACACGCGUCCCGACUCAGAGCAGCGAGACAGGACUGAACAUGGACCGAGGCUGCGCCACCUGUGGUGCCUGACACUACUCCAGAGCAGGAAGAUGCUACCGAGCCUUGGACUGGCCAGUGGGACCCACAACACGGUGCUGUGA